AUGGAGGACAUCUCAGACUCUGGCAGUGACUUUGAAGUCCAGCUGAAGGCCAUGAAGCGGAGAAAACAGACCACUGCACUACUAGGACCUCGGCCACCCAAGAGACCUAGGCGUAAAGCUGCAUCCCAGGCCAGCCCAAAUCCCAGCACCACCUCCACCCCACCAGCCCGUUCCCCUCAGCCACCGCAGCCUUCCCCGGGGAGAACUAGGCAGCUCKGCUCCCCCAGGCGAGAGAGAGAGAGGAGGGGGAACCAGGGCAUGAGCGCUGGGGAUAUGUAUGAGGCUGUGAGGUCUGGAAAGAGUGCUAUGGUGGCGGUGGUGGACGAAUGGCUAGACAGCUACAAGCAGGAUCGGGAGGCGGGCCUACUGGAGCUCAUCAACUUCGUCGUUCAGUGCUGUGGCUGCAAAGGUGUGGUGAGCAGAGAGAUGUUUGACGGCAUGCAGAACGCUGAGAUCAUCAGCACACUGACCAAAGAUUUCAAUGAGGAUUCUGUGAACUACCCCCUGUGCUCCCCUGGCCCCCAGUGGCGUAAGUUCCGGGCUGGCGUGUGUGAGUUUGUGCAGGUGCUGGUGCGCUCCUGCCAGAACAGCCUUCUGUACGACGAGUACCUCUUCUCUGCCCUGCUGGCCCUGCUCACCGGCCUGUCUGACUCCCAGGUUAGGGCCUUCAGACACACCAGCACCCUCAUCGCGAUGAAGCUGAUGACUGGUAUAGUGGAGGUAGCAGUGAUAGUGUUUGCCCAGAUUAAGACCACCCAGAGACGGUACGACGUGGAGAGGAGCAAGAGUGCCGAACACAGAGCCUCAGAGAGGCUGGAGGAACUACAGGCCACCAUCAGCGAGCUGCGGGAGCACCAGGAGGAGCUGUCCUCCAUGAUGAAUGCUACGUUUCGGGGUGUGUUUGUGCACCGCUACCGGGACCGCGUAGCUGAGAUCAGGGCCGUGUGUAUCGAGGAGAUGGGCGUGUGGCUCCGAGAAAACCCUGGAGACUUCCUCAACGACGGAUAUCUCAAGUACCUGGGCUGGACCCUGCACGACAAGCAAGGCUCAGUGCGUCUGCAGUGUGUGCGGGCCCUGCAGGGCCUCUACAAGGAGAAGGACUUAAUUGGACGCCUUGAGCUUUUCACCAGCAGGUUUAAGGAGAGGAUGCUCUGCAUGGUGCUAGACAAGGACCCAGACGUGGCGGUGGAAGCUGUCCAGCUGCUGACUUGGCUCUCCAACAAAUUCAAAUUGAUCCCAACCCUGGUAUAUACUGCAGCACCACAACAUACUCUCCCUUUCAUUCCUCCCCCUCUUUUCUCCCUUUCGAUGUCUCUGAAUCUCCCUCCCCCUGUCUCUGUGUGUCAGUUCCAUGAGCACGGGGCCUACCUGGUGGACAGUCUAUGGGGUGUAGCAGGCUCUGAGCUGAGGGACUGGGACACCAUGACAUCACUGCUGGUACAGGAGGCUGACCAGGGACAAGGUCUGGUGGAUGAGGAGGAGGGGGCGUUGAUAGAGUUGAUGAUGUGUGCUGUCAGACAGGCAGCUGAAGGACACCCGCCUGUAGGAAGAGCUCAGGCCAAGAAGAUCCUGAGCAUGAAGGAUAAGAAGACCCAAGCCCAGGACAAGAGACGCAUCACCACCCAUUUUAUCACUAUCCUGCCCCAGCUGCUGGCCAAGUACUCGGCGGACGUGGAGAAAGUGACUUGCCUUCUGAAGGCUCCGCUUCAUUUUGACCUGGAGACCUACAGCAGCACUGGUAGACUGGAGAAGUAUCUGGAUCUGCUGCUGGUCCAGGUGUGUGGCAUCGUGGAGAAGCACACGGAGUCUGGUGUUUUGGAGGCGUGUGCUCGCGUGGCGUGUGCCCUCUGCCACGACAAGUACACCUUCUCCGGCCGUGCCGACCUGGUCGUCAGCCAGCUACUGGACAGUCUGACCGACCGCUUCAGCUCCCACCUCAACGAGCUGCUGCAGGGCACUGCUGAUGAAGAUGAGGUGUACAGUGCUGCUACUGCCCUGACGAGGAUCGCAGCCUUCAGCAGUGCCAAGGACCUGACUUCAUGGAAGCUGUUUGAGCCCUGCUUUCAGCUGCUGAAGAGUGGAGUGGAGUCCAGAGACAUCGACAAAGAGCUGAUGGUUCCUGCUCUGAAGUGUGCAGCGUUCCACGUGCUCUGGGAGAAAGUCAGGGUGGCCAACUCUACACCAACCAAGGCAGAGGUAAAGCGUCUGAAGAAGGAGGUGCGUUCGUUCUGCAUCGUCUGUCAGAGCUGCCUGUCUGUGGGCCAGCCAGAGAUCAGAGACCAGGCGUUUGAGCUGCUGUGUGACAUGCUGCUGUUGUUUGGGGUGAGCUCAGUGAGGUCUCAGCCCACCUUGCAGCCCCUGGCCCACCCCCCCUCCGACUCCCUCCGCUUCGACAUGGCUGCCUUCCUCCUUGACUAUGUCUUCACUGAGCCUGACGACGACCAACUGUCCAGUGAGGCAGAGGGAGUUGAGGAGGUGAAGAUGGCUACUCUCCAGCGGCGGCGCAACCAGCUGGCCGGCUACUGUAAACUGGUUAUCUAUGGGAUCCUGGAUCUCAGCACUGCCACUGAUGUCUUCAAAUACUACAGCAAGUUCUACAAAGACUACGGUGACAUCAUCAAGGAGACUCUGAGCAAAACCAAGGUGAUCAGUCCAGUGCAGAGCGCCAAGACUGUCUGCCUGAGUCUGCAGCAGUUGUUCUCAGCACUGGCUCCAGAGUGCGUUGAUGGAGGCCAGGAGUUUGGGGAGAUCAGAGAGCUAGCUAAAAGGCUGGCCAUGAGCUUCGGCAUAGACCUGCACCGCGUCCGCAAACCAUUGGUGUCCCUGCAUAUGGAUGGUAUCCGGUUUGCGUUACGGGAGGCAGCAGACGUGGAGCAACCCCCCAACAUGCCCUUCCUUGAGAUACUCAGCGAGUUCAGUUUCAAACUCCUACGUCAGGACCGAGCCCAGCUGUCUGCUUUCCUGAGUGCUGAGUGUGGCUCUGCUGCCCCCUCCUGGCCAUCUCUGAGGAUGUACCAGCGCUCUCUGCAGUCUGGCUCCUCCAAGCCCCGAGAGGAGGGGGAGAGGAGCGCCACGCUGUCCCCCCACAGCACCCCUGCAGCCAAACGCAGGAGGACUACCCCCCAGGGGUCAGUGUCCAGCGCUAGCAGAGGGCCAUGGCUGGACAGCAGCAGUAUCCAUAGCAGCGUGGCCACCCCAGGCCUCACCUCCACCGUGCAGAGACUGCCAUCCAAGCACCUGCCCGUCACACAUAAUACACAGGCCUCCACCACAGGCUCYGACAAGGGCAGCAUCAUAUCCGAACCCGAGUCUGAUGACRACUUUUCAGAGGGCGGCAUCCACAGCAACCUGGCCACCCCAGGCCUCACCUCCACCGUGCAGAGACAGCCGUCCAAGCACCUGCCCGUCACACAUAAUACACAGGCCUCCACCACAGGCUCCGACAAGGGMAGCAUCAUAUCCGAACCCGAGUCUGAUGACGACUUUUCAGAGGGUUCACUGCAGCGCAAGGUGGAACCCAGGCGAAGGAGCAAGCUGUCUAUUGCACAAGCCAGCCCCUCUGGGCACUGUGACCUCGAAUCACAUCUCACCAUGCUGAGUCUGAUUGAGGAAGAUGRGGAUGAUGAAGUGGAGGAAGAAGAGCCUGAGAUUGAGGACUUCGAGAGUGACGAUUCUGACCACGACACCGCCUUUACACUGCCGUCCACCCGUCACUCCACCAGUUACUUAGAGGAGUUGUUUCAGUGAGGGAAAGGAUCCCAACACAGUAACAAGAACAACACUUAUAGGAGAAGUCCUGAUAGUCUUACGUUGGUAUCCCUCAGACAGGCAUUUCAGGGUUAAACAGUACAGCACAUAAUGUUGUUACACUUGUUGUAAACUCUUAUUAGAAAUUUUUACGUUGAAUUAAUAAAAUACAAGUGCCUUAACAUUAUGAAUGUUUCAAAGAUGCAAUGUGAAAAAUAUCUUCAUGGCUCAUAUAGGAAUUGUUUGACACAUGGUGUUUUUCUUGUUUAUGACUUUGUGGUUGUUUCCAACUGUUAAAUUAGCACUGAUUUAAUAUGUAUCAUUA